AUCCUUGUUUGGACCAAGCGAGGUGACACCCACUAUAGCUAUGGGUAUCCUUGUACACAGGCAGCUUUUUCAAACUGAAAAUGAUCUUUUCACCCAUGUGAGGUGUCACGACGUUUUAUGGACGUUUCUCAUGAUCCUUCUACUUCUGGAAGGUGCAAGAAGCCCAUUCUGGGAGUUGAAUGCUGCGCUUCGGUGU